AUGUAUCAAGGUUAAGAAAUCAUGAGUGAUGAGGAAGAUUUUGAAACUUAAUAAUAUCUAAUUAGACAAAGGCAAAGUAAAAAUUACAUUUUUUAUUCAAGUUGCUGAGUUAUAAUAGAAAUAUUAAUCCAAAAGAUAGGAGUUAGAUAAAUAUUUAAAGACAGAAGAAUCAAUUAUAUCUCCUAGAAUAUUCAAUUAUGAAACAAAUUACUCUACUAAUUAAACUUUAAAAAAUCAGAUAUCUGUAGAAUCUAAUUCUAAUUAAGAUAAUGCAUAAAUACAAAAAAAUCAAUUUUUAACAAAUUUUUCAUCUAUGAAUAAAAAAUCUGUAAUAAAUACUAUUUCAGAUAGAAAAUCAGAAUGUUAAACAAAUUCCAAUUUUAAUACAAAUAAAAUGCCUAAAUCUUCUAUUUAAAAUUCUAUGCUGUAAAAUAAUAAAAAAAUAUUCAUAAAAAAAGUUAGUCGUGAGUCUUAAACAUAACUAACAGUCUCAUGUAAAAUAUCUACAAAUACAAAAUUUACAAUUCAAUUACAAUAAAUAUUGGAUCCAGAUUUAAAUAAAGCAACUCAAACAACCUAAAUUUUAAAAUAAAAAAAUAUAACAUAAAAUUUAAAGCCUAAAUAAUAAGAAACAAAUUUAAUUAAUAAAUAUACUUAAAGAUUUAAAACUGAAUAUAAUUGUAUAAAAGAGUAGAAUGAAAUUGUAAAGGUUGAAGAAAAUCCAAAAAAGGCUCCAAUGAAUAAAAAGUAAUUUGAAUAAUGGUACAAAUCAUAAUAAAAUUGGUAUAUAUAUCUUUUUAUUCAGGGCUAAUAAAACUGAAAUGAAAGUUUUUCAAUAAAGAAUGGAAAAAGAGUAAAUAAAUUAGGAAUAAGAAUUUUAACAAAAAAGUUUCAGCCCUAAGAUUUUAAAACAUUCUCAAGACAUAGUAAAUCAAAAAUUUUCAGGGUGUUAGUUUAUGGAAAGGUAGUAAUAAUAUGAAAAUUAUUUAAAAAUGAAAUAAUAAAAUAGAGUAGAAGAAGAAAUUCAAGAAAGAUAAUCUCAGAAAUUCCGUAUGAGUCCAAUAUCUAGGAUGAUAGUUAAAAGUGUGACUCCAAAAUCAUAUAGAGAUAAUUCUAAAAACCAUACAGCAAACACUUCAUGGUUUGGAAAUAAUAACACAUAAUAUUAUUAAUGA